UGGUGGAAGCUGGGAGGAGCCGGGCUCCAGCUCCUGCUGCCUGUGGGGAGAUGGGGCGCGGAGACCAGGCCUGGCCUCCCUGGGAACUCAGGGCGGGCAGGAGAUGUGGGCCUGGCCCAGCCGGGACCGAAUGGCCACCAGCCCAGAGAAGAUGGGGCGGGGCUGGAGGUCCAGGGAGAGGCCCUGAGACAGCGACAGGAGGGAAGGAGAGAGUCAGGGACAGAGAACCAAGGGAGGGAAACAUGGAGGGAGGUAGACAAGAAACACGGGCGAGAGGCAUGGGGCUGGGCGGGGGUGCGGCAGGGCCAAGGACUGGGCCGGAAACUCAGGAGCAAGGGACGGAGAGCCCAGAGUCCCCAACACCGUCUCCUCUCCCUCACUCCCAACCCUCUCUGCCCCCACCCCAGGCAGGAUGCGGUUUCCAUGACAACCUGGCCGGGCAGAAAGGGGGGGGCUGGGGACUGCAGAGGAAAUUUUCCACAUCAGCAGAAAGGGAGGAGGUAGAAUGCAGGAAGGAAGGGGCUGGGCAAGGGUCCCAAGGAGAGUCGGGGUGGUGGGCUACGGCCGCCUUGGACAGUCCCUUGUUUCUCACCUGCUGACUCAGGGACCAGAACUGGGCCUCGAACUUGUUUUUGUCUGGAAUCGCGACCCGGGACGAAUGGCAGGGAGCGUGCCUCCUUCCCUGCAGCUCCAGAACCUCGCUGCCCUCGGGGAGAGGCACCCCGACCUUGUAGUGGAAGUGGCCCAUCCCCAAAUAAUCCAGGAAUCUGGGGCACAAAUCCUGCGUCACGCCAAUCUCCUGGUGGGGUCCCCCUCAGCCCUGGCUGAUCAGGCCACAGAGCGGCGGCUCCUGGAGGCCUCGCACCGCUGGGACCAUGCUGUGUUUGUGGCCCGGGGGGCCCUGUGGGGCACUGAGGACAUCACCAGAUUGGACGCAGCUGGGGGCCUCCAGAGUCUUCGUGUCACCAUGGCCACGCACCCCGAUGGUUUCCGGCUUGAGGGACCGCUGGCUGCAGUGCGCAGCACUGAGCAUCGCACGGUGCUCUAUGAAGGUCCCGUCCGCCGGCUCUGCCCCUUCGCCCCCCGCAACUCCAAUACCAUGGCGGCCGCUGCCCUGGCUGCCCCCAGCCUGGGCUUUGACCGCGUGGUUGGAGUGCUCGUGGCUGACCUCAGCCUCGCAGACAUGCACGUGGUGGACGUGGAGCUGACUGGCCCCCCGGGCCCCACAGGACGAAGCUUCGCCGUGCACACCCACAGGGAGAACCCCGCAGAGCCAGGCGCGGUCACGGGCUCUGCCACCGUUACCGCGUUCUGGCGCAGCCUCCUGGGCUGCUGCCAGCUCCCCUCCAGGCCGGGGAUCCAUCUCUGCUGAGAAGCCGCCUCCUUCCCUAGUGGACAUCUUCGUCUCAUUUACGGCCCCCCACUACCAGCCCGCUGCUGCCCUGGCCUCGGUUACCCCGGCCCUUCCUCCUGGCUCAGUAAACAUUGGAGACUCUUCUCCCUACAAGC